AUGGCGACCGAAGACACAGUCCGCCUCUCCGAACCCCAUGCCCCGCACCAAGCCUCCAUCGACGCCUUCUCCUCCAUCCUCGAAGACGUAAAAGCCGAACUCAUAAAAUUACGUCGUGACCAUGAUAAACACGAACCCGAAUACUUCACCCGCGUCCAGCACCUCUCCGACACCUCCCUAACUUCCUUCACCGCCUCGGACUUGGAACUCGUACGCGCCGCCACAUCCGCGUACGGCAUCCAUUUAUUCGGCAAAGUCAAGUUGCCAGCGCUGGAGGAUGGAUACGUGCACAUUCGGAUUUUCGGGGCUGCAAAGGAAGGCACGGAUGGGAGUAGUGCGGAGGAGAGGGUAUAUAGUUUGCAUAGUAUACAUACGGAGGAGGUGGUCAAGGGGGAUGGGGAUAGGGUGUAUCGGGCGGUGUUUGGGAGGGAGGAUGGGUUGGAGUGGUUUGAUACGUAA